GUUCUCGCGAGAAGGCGGCUCCUGCUUGCCUUUAAUAGUCCGCGCUGCCGGUACUGAUGCAUAGUGUUAAUGAAAGUGGAGUCUGUUUGUUUGUAGGUGAAGAGCUCAUCUCCUUUUUCUUGGUUGUGCAUCAUGGCUCUAGUUGCUACUGAGCAGCCACAGAAUGUGGUUUCCAGAGUGGUUCAGUUGCCACUGGUGAGUUCUACCUAUGAUAUGGUGUCUAACGUUUAUAUUAACACCAAGGAGAAUCAUCCCUAUAUAAAAUCUGUGUGCGAAGUGGCCGAAAGGAGCGUGAAGACCAUUACGUCUGUGGCCUUGACCAGUGCUAUGCCGAUCAUUCAGAAGCUGGAACCUCAGAUUGCUGUGGCAAAUGACCUUGCAUGCAAAGGACUUGAUAAAAUUGAACAAAAGCUACCAAUCCUCCAUCAGCCUUCUGACAAGGUUGUUGCAAGUGCGAAGGAUGUAGUGACUGGCGCUAAGGAUACAGUGUCCACCACAAUCGGUGGAGUUGUGGACAAGACUAAAGGGGCAGUCCAUGAGAGUGUGGAGAUGACCAAGGCUGUAGUAAAUGGCAGUGUUAAUACUGUCAUGGAGAGCAGAGUUGUGAAGAUGGUAACCAGUGGAGUUGAUACUGCCUUGACAAAAUCGGAGUCCCUGGUGGAUAUGUAUCUCCCUUUGACAGAAGAAGAACUGGCUAAAGAAGCAAUGAAAGUGGAAGGAUUUGAUGUUGCGAAUAUUAGACCCAGCUAUUAUGUAAGGCUUGGCUCGCUGUCAACCAAGCUUCGGAAGAGGGCUUAUAAUCAAGCUCUCUCUAAAGUGAAGGAUGCAAAACAGCGAAGCCAGGAAGCUAUUACUCAACUCCAUUACACUGUUGAUUUGAUUGAGUAUGCAAGAAAAAAUGUGGACAGUGCUAACCAGAAACUUCAUGGUGCACAGGAAAAACUGCAUCAGUCAUGGGUUGAGUGGAAAAAGAGAACUGGCUAUUCGGAAGACAAUCAGAAAGCAGAACACAUAGAGUCCCGUACUUUGGCUAUUGCUCGCAGUCUGACGACACAGCUCCAAACUACUUGCUUGACAUUGGUAUCCAGCAUACAAGGCUUGCCACAGAACAUUCAAGAUCAAGCACACUCCCUCACCAAAUCGGCAGCAGACGUCUACCAGAGCUUUAACUCGGCCUCUUCCUUCAGAGAUAUGUCUGAUGCAGUACUUGCAAGAAGCAGAGGUCAGCUUGGAAAAAUGAAGGAGUCUAUGGACGGCAUGAUGGAUUACCUGGUGAACAACACCGCCUUAAAUUGGCUGGUAGGUCCCUUUUACCCCCGGCUUGGUGACCCAGAGCCUUCUGAGCACAAUGGGGAUGAGAAGAUGGAGGAGAUUCAGUCGGAAAACUCCACACCCCUUUCACAUAACUGCUAGUUAAUAGUAAUGAAAUGUACUGUAUGCACUUUGUCCUGCACUUGUUCAGAUCUUCAAGUCACACUUCAUGCUCCCCAUCCUUGAUACUUUACAGCCUCUUGUUAUCCAUAUUGUAACCUACCAUUGGGUAUUUUAAACACCUAUGACAAGUUUGCUUGUUUACAAAUUUAACAUGUUGAUCACCACCCCCCCCACUUGCACUUUUUGAUGUGCAAUAAUGAGUCUGACAUGGUGACUAUUUUAUAGAAAAACUCAGCUUUGCAGCUUGAGUCGAAUCUGGACUUGUUUACUCAUCACAGAUAUCAGAUUCACUACUUCAGUACAGCACUCUUACCUUUAACACACAGGGGUUUCUCUUGGAUGAUGGGUGCUUAGUUGUGAAGUUCUAGCACGUUACUGUACAGUUAUUGUGCUGUGCUUUGUAUCCUGUGCCUUUUCUUGUCAGAACCUUAACUACAUUCUGUGCCAGUCAUUUGUGCCUUUUUUUUUUAAAAAGCUGCUUUCCAGAAUGUUUCACCAACCACUUUGUAUUUGUUUAAUAAAUGAAUAAGCAUCA